CAAGACGAAUGAUCUAAUGUAAAAGCAAAUUCAAUUGCUCUCGGUCUAUUCAACAAUGGAUUACUAUAUCCUCACAUUUCUAUUUGUUAUCGUCUACUUGAUAUACAUUUACUUGAAGAAUAAUUAUUCCUAUUUUGAACGAUUGGAAAUUCCGUACCUAUCUGGAUGGCCUAUUCUAGGAAGCUUAACGGGACCCAUAUUGCGUAGAAAACACAUGACUCAAGUGUUCCAAGAAUUAUACGAUCUCGAUUCUGAUGCAAAAUACGUCGGUGCCUUCAACUUUACAAAGCCAGUGUUCGUCAUAAGGGAUCUUGAACUAAUAAAAAAUAUAACCAUCAAGAAUUUCGACUAUUUUCCAGAUCACAAUCCAAUUGGAGAUGAAAGCCUCGAUCCAUUAUUCGGCGGGAAUCUAUUCAAUUUGAAGGGACAGAGAUGGAAAGAUUCGAGAACAGUGUUGAGUUCAUCGUUUACGUCGAGUAAAAUGAAAAUGAUGUUUGGCUUGAUGGUGGAUUGUGCUGAUGAUUUCGUGGGUUUUAUUGAUAAGCAGCCGAGUGAAAAACUGAAAAUAGUCGAUACAAAAGACUUAUUUGGAAGAUACACAACUAACGUGAUAGCCUCUUGCGCAUUCGGGAUUCAAAUAGAUUCACUUCGAAAUCCAACAAAUAAAUUUUUCGUUCUCAGUAAAAAAGCUGCAAUUAUAGGCCCAUUGUUGGGUUUAAAAAUUAUUGUGUCCCGAGUAUUUCCCGGCAUAAUGAAGGCUCUGAAGAUCCGACUGUUUAGCAAAGAAUUGAGCGAUUUUUUCACUGACGUCAUAAGCGAGACUGUGAAAACAAGAGACGAUAAUGGUAUUACUAGGCCUGACAUGCUGCAACUGAUGAUGGACGCGCGCAAGCUAGAUGAAAAAAAUGUGAAAUUCGAUAUCAACGGGAUGACAUGUCAAGCGUUUGUAUUCUUCUUCGCGGGCUUUGACACAACGACCUCGGUUUUGUGUGCCUUUGCUCAUGAACUUGCUCUCCAUCACAACGUGCAGAGUAAGCUACAAGAAGAAAUCGAUGGAAUAAUAAAAGAAACGAACGGCAAACCGACGUACGAGGCUAUCGCAGGUAUGCAAUAUCUUGAUGCAGCUUUUCACGAAACAGUGCGUUUGCAUGGACAAGCUUCGUUUCUGGAUCGAGUUUGUAAAAUACCUUUUGAGUUGCCACCGGCGUUGCCUGGUGGCAAGCCAAUAAUGUUACGGCCGGGAUCGACGAUUUGGAUACCUGCGGCUGCUAUACACAGAGAUCCCAAACAUUAUGCCAAUCCUAAUCAGUUUGAUCCUGACAGAUAUUAUGGCAAAAAAAUUACAAUAAACGAUGCGACUACUCUAGGAUUUGGCAUAGGCCCGAGGAGCUGUAUUGGCAAUCGAUUCGCUAUUUUAGAAAUAAAAAUUCUGUUGUUUCAUUUGCUUAGUAAAUAUACUUUGUGCGCCAAUGAGAAAACAUGUGCUCCAUUCAAAUACAGUAAAAAAACUUUUUCCAUACAACCUGAUGGAGGUUUCUGGUUAUCUAUCAUACCACGAAAUUCUACUGCAAUAUUACAUAACACUAAUCCAGAACAACCUUGACCGCCUCAAGUCCAUUAAUACACGCACACUAUAUCUCAAUUGGCGAGGACAUCUGAAAAAUAAGAUAAUUUGUCGAAUUCGUUACCAAAACAGAUGAUACAUAUAUUUAUAGUAAGUAAAGUCACUUAUAAGAACUCGUAUCUAUACAAAUGUAAACAUUCGUGUCAAAAAUAAAUUGCGAAUUA